AUGGACGCCACGCUGCAGGAUCAAUUCAACCGUGUUCAAUCCGCGUUGGAAACCCUCGUUGAUUCCAUUGCCGCCUACAAUCCAUCCACUCAGGCUGCUGGCGAGCUGCUCGCUGCAAACGAUUCUCUUGGUCGCGGCCUGGAUCAGCUUGCUCAACAUCAAGCAAACCAUCGCCGCAUCCAGUCCCUACGCACGCGCGCCGACGUCCUCGAAGAACAACUUCGGAGUUCGGUUGCCACCCUCGCCCAUCUACGUCGUGAGCUCUUCACCACCCCUGCAACUACCUUUCCCGCCGAUUCUCGUCCCGUCCCUGCCAGUGAACUGCUUCUUUACGCAAAGAACAUCUCCCAAUACACCGUUCCACCCACCUAUCGUGAGCCCGUGCUGGCUCUUCCCGCGGAAGAAAACAAGAGCAGUACCCCUACAGCACAAGCUACUCCGGUCAACGCCGCUGCUACGGCUGUGCAAGAUCCUCAAGCCAGCAAUGGAGACACAGCACCUGAAAGCACGGCUGGUGUGACAGUCGAGGAGGCAGAAUGGCUGAAGAAAUUACAAGAGAGCAAUACAGCUUGGGAUCCAUGGCCUAGCGAUGAGAAGAUUCGGAGCAGCAAUUUAAUGCAAAUACAGUAUCUGGUGGACACAGGCCAGGACCCAAAGCUGGUGGAUCUGACAAAAUUGGGAGAGGAAGAGAAGGAGCAUAUUGCAGCUGAUGCACAACGCGCCGCCGAUCAACUGCAGCAAGCCAGUGCGGAACCACACAGGGCUCAAGUACAGAAUCCAAAUCCAUCGACGUCGGCGCAUGCACCUGCUGCACCGAGGCCUCCAGCCGAGACAUUCGGGGGAUUUGAUUUUCUGGAAGAUGAUGAUGAUUGA